CUCAACUCGCAAAAAGGGGAACGGGGUUUCCUGCUUCGGGCUUCGUUUCUUCCUCUCUUGAGUUUCUUAGUUCUCUACCGAAUGCUGUGGACCACUGGAAGUCUGAAACCUCAAAUCUCUUCUUCUCUAUCAUUCUAGCUCAAGCCUCUAACUUGAAUCUGCUAUAUUCAUUAAUGGAUUCUCUCUAGUCGGGGUGGUCAAAUAGAAAGUAAGUCAAGUCUCAAAAACUUCAAAAUGAGCUUGAUUUCAAGAUUUGGGAAAAGUUUCUGUAAUGGGUUCUGCAGAAACCCACAUUUUCUUGUACCUUUGUCGUCGAAAUCGAUCAAAUCGAACUGGGUUUCCCGGACAUUUAGUCUUCCUGCCACGAAAGAGGAGGAGGAGGAAGAUGAGGUAGAGAUUGAUCAGAGGAGACUUCCUGCAGAUUAUGACACAUCAAAUUUCGAUCCAACAGAGCAUCGGAGCCCUCCAACAGAUCGGGUUUUCAGGUUGGUUGAUGAAGUUGGAGGGUUGACAUUGAUUGAAGUGGCUGAACUGUCAUCGAUUCUGAUGAGGAAAUUGGGUAUGAAGGAGACGCCAGUGGUUGGGGUCAUGAAGCCAGGAGCUGCUGGGUUGGCCGGAUUGACGGGGAUGAAAGCAACGACGGCGGCGAAGGAGGAGAAGAAGCCAGAGAAGACUGUAUUUGAGUUGAAGUUGGAGUCUUAUGAGGCUGCGGCGAAGAUAAAGAUCAUCAAGGAGGUCAGGAGUUUUACCGAUUUGGGUCUUAAAGAAGCAAAGGAUUUGGUGGAGAAGACGCCGGCGGUGUUCAAAAAAGGGGUGUCAAAGGAGGAAGGGGAGCAGAUUAUUGAGAAGAUGAAGGCUCUUGGUGCUAAAGUUGUCAUGGAGUGAAUCAGGUUAUUCAUCCGUGGUUUUUGGAUUUUCUUCCCAAUUUAAAGCUUUUGUUUGAAAUAGAAACUAGCACUGAUGAUUUUCGAUUCUAUACUCUGGUUAUUUUGGGAUGGGUUAACUUCACUGUAAUUGAGGUUGAUGAAAAUAAUAUAUUUAAGGUUAGCUCAUAUGUUUCACAACUACAGGUUUCAGUGAUGAACUUAAUUCUGUUUCCUCUCGUCA